AAAAGAUCGAGAAAAGGUUUCCUCUUUUCUCCUGCAUUUUAUAUCGACUCUUUUCAAUAUUAACGGACUUACUGCUUCAAUGAGUACCAUUUUAACCUGAACCUCUGUAUUCAGAUUUCAAUGUUAACCACUUCACAUUUUAUUGGAUAUCCUUGGACAUUCGCCGCCAUUCAACAAUAAAUUCAUCUUAUGUUAACUGCAUCAUUUUGUCUUCACUUUCAUUUGUCAUCAACAGACUCAUCACAUUAUUUCUCAACGUUGAGGUUCAAGCCCAUGGGAUUGGAAGCAACAAAUGAGCAACAAUUUUCUUGAUAGAAGAAUAUUUAAAGUUGAAAAUAUUGAGAUCAAUGAAUCACCAACAUCAUCAUAAACUUGAUCGCCAUCGUUGAAGCAACUGAAAGCAGCUCACUAAUCAACUCGCAAUUUUCCUCCUUCAACGAAUGAGUGAGAAAGACUUUCUUAGUUUACCGUAAGACGUUGACUAACUCAGGUAACUGUUAUCAAGUUUCAGUCCCACACAAAUCAACUGAGCUUGUAAACACACUUACACACAAAAAACUUUUACUCUCACUCAAUCAGCUUUGUAUUACAACUGGAAUAACGAAGAAAAAAGUUUAGUAUCCAUUUCAAUGAGCGUGAAACAACAACGUGCCUACAAUCAUCUUCAAUAUCAUCAAGAGUCAAACAUGAAGAUGAUUCCUUGAAAUGUAAUCGGAAACAUCUUUAAACGAAUAUCAUGUUUUUAUGUGUUUUACUUUGGCCAAUGUUUUUUAUCGCCUUUUCCACUCAUCAGUGAUGAACAGUAAUGGACAACAAUUUGUGAACUCGAACCAACAUCUUGACUACUAAUUUUACAAGUAAUUUUUUUCUUCCUUUUCUUCCUUUUCUUCUCCUUCAUAUCCAUGGACUAAAGUCAAAGAUAGACACAUAAGCCUCUUUCAUCUCUCAGCUCUUCUUUAUCCCUCUUCAUCUUCCUUUGCCUAUUUUACCCUCAACCCUCCUUUUUUUGGGUCUACGAUAUCGCCCAUCUUUCACUCUCUCUUCUUCUUCUUCUUCUUCAUCCAACUUCUCACUUUACUCUCUUGUUCAUCGUCCCAAGCCCAUUGCCUAUCAAGUCACAGUAGAUAUUAGAUGAUCUUCACUAGACUUUCUCAUUCCUUUUGGGCCACCAACAACUAUUAAUUAGAGCAACUUUUUUCUUCCUCUUAUCUUCUAAUUUUGCGUGUUUUCUCCUAUUUGUUUAUUUGUUUAUGACCUUAUCUUGAUGAUCAAAGUUCCAAUGGUUUACAUCAUUCUUCAGUGAACUUUUACAACAAAUUUUGUGUUUACACAUGAAAGUUGAACCAUCUUCAUCAUAGAGCUUAAAGUGACCCCAAGACUCAACUUGCAUGAUGACAAGUGAAAUGGGACUUGCCAAUCAAUUGGGACUUCAAGUCCAGUCUGUUGUCCAGAAUAAUUCGACUCUUGGUUCAAAGGAUAACGAACAAAACAGCAAAGUUGGUCAUUUAGAGCCUCGACCAUUUCGUCCAUUUAAAUCAAGUGAAGAGUAUCUUUACGCAAUGAAAGAAGAUCUUGCUGAAUGGUUAAAUGCCCUUUAUAAUUUAAAUAUCACGGUUGACAAUUUCAUGGAGAAACUGGAAACUGGCGUUAUACUUUGCAGACAUGCCAAUAAUGUUAUAAGAAAAGCUAAAUCAAAUCCUAAGAGCGAUCGUUCAAUUCCAGUUGAAAAGGAACUUUCAUAUCGAGUUGAAGUUGUGCCUGGAACUUUUCAUGCUCGCGAUAACGUUUCCAAUUUCAUUUCUUGGUGUCGCAAACUGGGAAUCAUGGAAUGUCUCCUCUUCGAAACUGAUGAUCUUGUCUUGAGGAAAAAUGAGAAAUCUUUUAUUCUCUGUUUACUUGAGAUUGCUCGACAAGGAAGUAAGAUUGGAAUGAUUGCUCCAAUGUUGGUUCAGUUGGAACAAGAGAUUGAUCGGGAAAUUGCUCAAGAUGCAGUUGAUGAUAGUUCCAAAUCGAAUGCUGUUACAUCUUCGACAUCAAAGGAAAAUGAUGAUAAAGAGAAUCGAAAACAAUUUCAAUCGAUGAAAAAUUUACAUGAAAUGGUUGUUGAUAUUCUGAGUCGAUGUUCCUGUCCAUCAAAAUUCCCAAUGAUCAAAGUUGCUGAUGGAAAGUAUCGUAUUGGUGAUACUAAAGUUCUUAUUUUUGUUCGGAUCCUUCGUAAUCACGUUAUGGUUCGCGUUGGUGGUGGUUGGGACACCCUCGGUCACUAUCUUGAUCGCCAUGAUCCAUGUCGAUGUCGUGCAGGACAUCGUUUUUCAACCUCCGCAAAGGUGACUUUCACUGAAGGUGAUGAUCCAUCUUCUGGGCCUAAAAUGGUUGUCACUUAUAAUCGACCUGAUGAGCCCAAUGCUAACCAAGUUAAUGGUAGUGUCGGUUUGACCAAUGGAAAUGCCGUCAACUAUUUGAAUGGACGUCAAAACUCAAUUUCAUCCAACUCUUACUCACCAAAUCACCACUUAAAACGUCAUAACAGUGGCCCUAUGAAAGACGAUUACAUCAAUUUAAUGGGAUCACAAUCAAAUCGCAACCCCAACAAUUCGACUGUAAAUAAUGUGACAAAUGCAAGUAAAUGUAUUAAUGGCACUCUUACAUCUCGACAAGAAUUUCAAGGAUUCAAUGGAACCAGUGGCACUCCUCGAUUUUCAUCAUCAUCUACUUGUUCAACAUCAUCCUCAGGUUACCCUGAAGUACUUAUUAUUGACCGUCAAGAAUCACGGACAUCCCACUAUUCUGAUGAUUCAACUGAUACAUCAAGUGUAAUAAUGGAAAGUCCUUCACCUACUCAAUUGGAUAAUCAACCGAAUGAUGAUUUACAAUCAAAACAAGAGUCACAAUCAGCUAUCAAAUCAAAUAAAGGAAAGACAACAGUCACAGCCAAGACAAACAAAACAUGUCCAACAUCAACAUCAGUUGCAACAGCAAAUGCCGUGAAAACACCGCAAAGAGGCACAUAUCAUGAUUCUUCCUCGUCAGAGUUUUCAGAAAGUGAAAUCAAUCAAAUUUCUGCCAUAAGUUCAACAGGUGGCAGAACACGCAAAUGCUCACCAAGGAAAAUAAUGAAAACAAGUGACCUGCUUGGUACGCAAAAACCUUCCUGGGCUGGUGACGAUUUUACUUUAGAAAGCAAAGAAUUAACUAAUAAAACUGUCAAAUCAAAUGGCAUUGCAGGUAGAUUGGAUGGAUCAACUCUUUCAUCGCCCUUCCAGCGUAACUGUCGUUAUCGACGCUCUGAGCAAAAAAUGUCUUCCCGAGGAUAUGGUGACAAAGGAUCAAAUAAUCAGGAUAUUGGAAGUGAUCAAGAUGUAAAUAAAUCGCGAAGUAGUGAAGAUCUAACUCAGGUUAACUCUAAAAUGAGCUGGAAUAAUCCUAUUAAUGGAAGAGCUCGAGCUGCUCAUUCGAUAUCAUCAUCACCCAAUCGCAAAACGAUGAAUACAAAACGAAAUAUCUCAGAUGUUAAGGAAACUCCGGUCUCAUGUUUUGAAAGGGGUCGUAAUUAUUAUGCUUCUCUUCCCAGGAGUCGAUCAUCAUCUCAAUCUUCCCGAACUCCAUUAUCAGACCAUCCAGGAACAAAUAAAACAGCUGUUGGAAAUAGCAACACCAAUGCAUCACCAUUUGUUCGCGGUUCUGUUGGUCGAUAUUCACUCAAUACUCCCCGUAGCAGUUUGCCUGAAUCAGUUUCUCUUGGAUCAUGUCGAGCAGAUCGCUUUGGAUAUGUAUCAUCUGCUAACAGUAAAUUAUAUCGACAAAAUUCCGAAAAUUCUGAAGCCAUAAGAACAUGGACUUUUAAAUCACGUAACAGGCCAAUGUUGGAUCCAGAUUUAUUUAAGCCUUGUGAAUCUAGUCGAUCUCCUCUUAGAUUUGGUACUCGACCCAGGCCUAGUCUAAGGUCAAGAAGCAGUGAUUCGUCCCCUAGUCGAGUUCCAUUAAAUACAUUGGUGAAAAUCACUAAUGGUGGUCAGUCUGUUAAUAGUUCAACUAAACUGAAUCCACAAGUAACUGUUGAAACUAAGUCUUCGGGUGAUAGUGACAAUAACAAUAAUGAUAGCCACCAGAACCAUGAAUUAGAUGGAAAAAAUGCUGGAGAAAAUCUUAAGAAAUCAGAAGAUCAACUUAAUUUACAUAACGAUAUUUUGAAAAAGAUGGAAAACCUUGUUAAUCAAUAUCAAUCGCGUGUUGAACGUGCUAUGCCUUGUAAAAUUGUAAACAGUAGUGAGUCUAUCAACUUAGAAGCUGAAUUUGAUGGUAAACCAAAUGAUUCUGUGAUAAACUGCUCACAACUUAAGUGUAAUUCAUCCAAGAUACCAAUGCCAAUCAUAUCAACUCCUAGGAAGAAUUCAUAGAUUAUUUAUGUUUGCAGGAAAGAUUGAAAUUAUUUGCCUGAAUUCGACAUAAUUGUAUGUUGUUGCUCAAAAUUUAAGGAAACGACUUUUAGUCCGUUACUGGAUCGAUCGACUGAUGCAGCAUAAUUUUAUGUUACCAUCAAUGAAAAUUUAUCUAAUCAUAACUCUGUCAAUAUCGUGUAAAUUAAUUGUCCAUAGUUGCCUUGACAAUUUUAAAACCUUAACCUGUCAUAAAUUAAUUAAACGAAACAUUUCAUCUAAGAGAAUGUAUAUUACAAGAA